ACAGAACAUUGAGAAUAGUUGCGAAACAUUGUGAAAUACAUUCCAGAAAGUUGUUUGAUAGUAAAAAUAAUAGGUGUGCGGUAUUAUAAAUAGAUUUACGAAACAAUCAAAAUACAUACACAUGUAAAGUGCCAUAUAAGUUUUUUUGCAGAUAAAACGAAAAAACACAGAUAAUGACGGAAAGUAUAACUAUCAACGGCGAUUGUUAUGAAGUUAAUCUGUCGAUCCUGCCCGCCGACAUCAGCCUGAACACGUUUAUACGGGAGCAUGCUGGUCUCACAGGCACCAAGUUCAUGUGCCAAGAGGGCGGCUGCGGCGUCUGCGUUUGUGCCCUGAGCGGCGUUCAUCCGGUGACGGGCGAGCUGUGCACUUGGGCGGUCAACUCCUGCCUGACGCUGCUGAACACCUGCCUGGGCCUGCAGGUGACCACAUCGGAGGGUUUGGGCAGCAAGCGCAGGGGCUAUCAUGCCAUACAGCAGCGUCUGGCCAAGAUGAAUGGCACCCAGUGUGGCUACUGCUCGCCGGGAUUUGUGAUGAACAUGUACGCGCUGCUGGAGUCCCACGGCGGUCGAGUGACCAUGGCCGAGGUGGAGAAUGCAUUUGGCGGCAACAUAUGCCGCUGCACCGGUUACCGGCCCAUACUGGAUGCGAUGAAGUCCUUUGCCGUGGACAGCAAUAUUCCGGUGCCGGCGGAGUGUCUGGACAUUGAGGAUCUGAGCACCAAGCAGUGCCCCAAAACGGGCGAACUCUGCGCCGGCAGCUGCAAGAAGAGCCAGCCAAGAGGCGUUCAGCAAUACGCCGAUGGUAGUCGCUGGUCCUGGCCGCAGACACUCGCCGAGCUCUUCAAGGCCCUGCACGCGGCGGUCAAGGAGCAGCUACCCUAUAUGAUUGUCGCGGGCAACACGGCGCAUGGCAUCUACAGACGCAGUGCGGAGAUCAAAGCUUUUAUCGACGUGCGUGCCCUGGCGGAGCUGAGAGGCUAUAGCCUGACUGAUAAGUACCUCACCCUGGGCGGCAAUCUGAGCCUGACAGAGACCAUGGACAUAUGCCGCAAACUGGAGCAGACCACUGGAUUUGAGUACCUGGCCCAGGUGUGGCAACACUUGGAUUGGAUUGCCAAUGUGCCAGUGCGCAAUGCCGGCACUCUGGCAGGCAACUUAUCUAUUAAGCACUCGCACCCCGAGUUCCCCUCCGAUGUGUUUAUCGUUCUGGAAGCUCUGGAAGCACAGGUUAUCGUUCAGGAUUCGCCAGAGAAACAGCAAACUGUCAGCCUGGCCAGUUACUUGAAGCUACCCAUGGAAGGUAAAAUUAUUCGUGGAUUUGUUCUGCCCGCCUAUUCGAAGCAGAAUGUCCUGUUCGAUUCGUAUAAGAUCAUGCCACGUGCCCAGAAUGCACAUGCCUAUGUGAACGCUGCAUUUCUCCUGGAACUGGACGCGGGCUCGAAGGUGAAGAAUGCUCGCAUUUGCUUUGGCGGCAUUCGGCCGGACUUUGUACAUGCGACUGCCAUUGAGCAGCUGCUGAUCGGACGCAAUCCCUUUGACAAUGCACUGCUGGAGCAGGUGUUUGGUAAGCUGUCAACGCUACUGCAGCCGGAUGCGGUGCUACCGGACGCGUCGCCUGAAUAUCGACGCAAGUUAGCCUGUGGUCUGCUGUACAAGUUCCUGGUGAAGGCCGCCGGACAGCGUCAACAGGUGCUGGGCAGUCGCCAUAUAACUGGCGGCGCCUUGCUGCAGCGGCCUGUGUCGAAGGGCCAGCAAAGUUUCGAGACCUUUGAACAGCAUUAUCCGGUAACGAAGCCAACGGAGAAGCACGAGGGACUUAUUCAGUGCUCGGGCGAGGCAACCUAUGCCAACGAUCUGCCCACGCAGCACAAUCAGGUCUGGGCGGCCUUUGUCACUGCGAAACGUGUGGGCGCCGUGGUCAGCAAGGUGGAUGCGACAGCUGCGUUGGCUUUGCCGGGCGUGGUAGCCUAUUUGGAUGCCAAGGACAUACCGGGUCCCAAUUCAUUGCGUCCCAAGGUGACGGACGAUCAUUUCUUUCCGCAGGAGGAGCAGAUCUUUGCCACGGGCGAAAUUAAGUUUUAUCAGCAACCCAUCGGAAUGGUGCUGGCCACAUCUAAUGCUCUGGCUCAACGUGCCGCGGAGCUCGUGCAGCUGAGCUACGAGGGCGGCUCCGAGGAUGUGCUGCCCAGCAUGAAGCAUGUGCUGGAGGCCGCCGCCUCCGGCGAUCGCAUUAAGCAGCCGGUCAAAUCGAUGCACGACAAGCUGCAACUUAGGGUACCGCACGAGGUGAAGGGCAGCGGCAAGCUGGACAUGGGCCUGCAGUAUCAUUAUUUCAUGGAGCCACAGACGACAGUGGUGUUGCCUUUCGAGGGCGGUCUGCAGGUGUACGCGGCCACUCAGUGGAUGGAUCUCACACAGGAUAUCAUUGCGAAAGUUUUGAACCUGAAGAGCAACGAGGUGCAGGUGAAGACCCGUCGCAUUGGCGGCGGUUAUGGUGGCAAAGCCACACGUUGCAACUUGGUUGCGACGGCAGCCGCAGUCGCUGCCCUCAAGCUUAACCGUCCGGUGAGAUUUGUGCAAACGCUAGAGUCCAUUAUGACAACGACCGGAAAGCGUUGGUCCUUCCACUGUGACUAUGAUUUCUAUGUCCAGGCCAAUGGCAAGAUUGUGGGCCUAGAGAGUCGCUUCUACGAGGAUGCCGGCUAUCUGACCAAUGAGUCGCCCAUUGGGCAUACGGUGCUGCUGUCGAAGAACUGUUACGAGUUCAGUGACAAUUACAAGUUGGAUGGCUUUAUGGUCAUUACGGAUUCGCCGACAAAUACGCCCUGCCGUGCACCCGGCUCUGUUGAGGGCAUUGCCAUGAUCGAGAAUAUUAUUGAGCAUAUUGCCUUUGCAACGGGCGUCGAUCCGGCAGAUGUGCGCUUUGCCAACAUAUUGCCGGCACACAAAAUGGGCGAGAUGAUGCCCAAAUUCCUGAAGAGCACCCUUUACCGGGAGCGCCGUGCCGAAAUUAUUGCAUACAAUAAGGAGCAUCGUUGGCGCAAGCGCGGCUUGGGCCUGACCAUCAUGGAGUACCAGAUUGGUUACUUUGGACAGUAUCCGGCUACGGUGGCUAUUUAUCACAGCGAUGGCACAGUUGUGGUCUCCCAUGGCGGCAUCGAAAUGGGUCAAGGUAUGAACACGAAGAUCGCACAGGUGGUGGCCCAUACGCUAGGCAUUGCUCUGGAGCAGGUGCGUAUUGAGGCCAGCGACACGAUCAAUGGUGCCAACUCGAUGGUCACUGGCGGAGCUGUGGGCAGCGAGACGUUAUGCUUUGCCGUGCGUAAAGCUUGCGAGACGCUCAACUCGCGUCUGGCACCGGUCAAGGAGGAGCUGAAGCCGGCGGACUGGCAACAGCUGAUCAAUGAGGCAUAUAAUCGAAAGAUCAAUUUAAUUGCGAGCGAUCAGUGUAAGCAGGGUGAUAUGGAGCCGUACUCGGUGUGUGGACUAAGCCUCACCGAGGUGGAGCUGGACGUGCUAACGGGUAACUAUCUGGUGCAACGUGUGGAUCUACUGGAGGAUACCGGCGAGAGUCUGAACCCCAAUGUGGACAUUGGCCAGAUUGAGGGCGCCUUUAUGAUGGGCCUCGGCUACUGGACUAGCGAGCAGGUUGUCGUCGACAAGAAGACGGGCGAAUGCCUGACAAAUCGCACCUGGAACUACAAGCCGCCGGGCGCCAAGGAUAUACCCGUUGAUCUACGCAUCGAGCUGCUGCCCAAGAGCCCCAACAAGGCGGGCUUUAUGCGAUCAAAGGCUACUGGUGAGCCCGCCAUUUGCCUGGCCAUAUCCGUGGCCUUUGCCCUACAGCAGGCGCUUCAAUCUGCGCGUGAUGAUGCCGGUCUGCCCAAGACCUGGAUUACAUUAAAUGCGCCCAUGACGCCAGAGCUGCUGGUGCUAUACGCGGGCACCGAACCAGGUCAGCUCAGGCUGAGCUAAGGUCAUGCCUCAACGAAUUCAGCCCAACUCUACACUCCAUUCCAUUUUUCCCCAUUACGGAAGACCAAUUCAAAGACACCGCGUGAGAAACGGCACGUGGCGACGUGAACGCGCGCGAUAAGCACAAGCUAUAUACAUAUAUACACAUUGCACACCUUGUUUUAUGCACAAUAAAUUAGAAACUUAUCCAACGCAAA